AUUGGCAUUCGCAUAUAUACACAUUUGUAACACCAUCAAAAAUUCCUCUGAUUCUUCUCUCUAAGUUUUUUUUUUCUUUCAUUAGUCCACUGAAUUUUAAUUUUUCUUCUGUUCAAAUGUGUUCUCAAAUGCCGUCAUUUUAGUUUAGUCUAAAAGAACGACGAACAUCCAACCAGAAGCAAAUAAUCGAAUCCAAUUUAAAAAUAAAUAAAUAAUAAUUCGUGAUUAAUAUUUGGUGUGUGAUUUUGUAUCGAUGACGGUGAAUUUGAAAAUACGUAAAUUGUGUAUGGAAUUGCAAUCAAGGUUGGCAGUGAAUGUGAGCAAACAAAUGAAUUUUUGCUGGAAGUGCGGUAUUGAAUUUACACCGAUAAGAAAAAUGUUAACCAAUAUACGAAUUCCAUUUUUCGCAACAUCAACAAAACAUUGAAGCUGUUUUUGGGCUUCAUCAAUUCACUCCGUUCAAUUCAUUUCGGUAUCGCAAAGUGAAUAAAUGACCGAACAAAGCUAAAAUAAAUUAAUCAAAAUUUUUUAAUUUGCACACCAAAAACAAAGGCAACAAAUUGAAAUUGCUGGUGAAACUAAACAACAAUUUCGACUGGAGACUGGGGUGUGAGCACAUAAUUAAUAUAUAUUACAUACCAAAAUCAAAUUGGAAGAGAGAGAAAAAGAAAAACAAACACAAGAGAAGAAGAAGAAGAAGAAGAAAAGAGACAAAUUAUUAUUAUGCCGUGAAAAUACAAAUAGUAUAUGUUGGAAAGUGCGAUUUUAUUUUGGCGUUUAUCCGAUAUAAUUGUCGGUAUUAACUAGUGAUCGGUGUGUGUGUGUGUGUGUGCGCUAUAUUUACGGCGGUGUGUGCCCGUGUGUAUUUGCGUUUGCGUUCGGUGGUGUGACGGAUGUGUCUUUCAUUUUCCGUUUUGUUUUAGUUUCAUAUUUUUUUUUCUCUGUUUGUUUUAAUUGAAGUGCAUGAAGUAAUAAGCGCAAAAUAAACAAUCAUUCCAAUCAUUACAAGGUGUUAAUAUUUGCGUUUACACACAUUUAUUGAGUGCGCGUACGAAGCGAAUUGGAUGGCAAAGCACGCGCGCGACUAUAGACUGAAUUCGAAUUGAAAUCGAAGGUCUCACACUCUGCAUGCAUACGCUGCUAGAUUCGACUAGAGCUCAAUCAAAUACAUACAACUUUAAGUAUUGUGAACUAAUAAAUGACACACCAAAUCGUUUCAAUCAACAAAUUGAAAACAAGGAAAAAUAUCAGCGAUAAGUCAAACAGAAUUAUUAUUAAUAAUCAAGGAAAUUAUUAUCAAGUCAAAAAAAGAAAGAGAAGAGUAAUCGUGAGAGAAAAGUGAGUGUGACCAAGUGCCGAUUUAUUAUUUGUUUGUGUGUCUUUUUUCUGUCGCUCCCUAAGUUUCUUCAUUCAUUGUGUUGAAACUAUUGGUGACAGAUUGACGGAUCGAUUUCACACUAAACAUGGGUGGUUGUAUUGGAAUUAAUCGCAACGAUGGCGAUACUGCAAAUGGAUCGUCAUUAAAUGUAUCGCGACCGCUUUCGGGAAAUUUAAUAGGUGGAAACGGUGGACCACCGCGAAAGAAUCAUCCGCUGUGUCAUGAGACAAUACGUUGGAAGUCGGAUGUGCCGUUGACCGAAGGACAACUCAGAUCAAAACGUGAUGAAUUCUGGGACACCGCACCAGCGUUUGAUGGCCGCAAAGAAAUUUGGGAUGCUUUACGUGCCGCAACUGUUGCUGCCGAAGCAUUGGAUUUUCAAUUGUCACAGGCCAUAUUAGACGGUGCAAAUAUAUCCGUACCAAAUGGCUACUUAACGGAAUGUUAUGAUGAACUAGGCACACAAUACAAAGUACCUAUAUAUUGUCUAUCGUAUCCUAUAAACAUUGUGAAAGAGGACAAUGGUCGAGAUUCACCAGCUGAAUAUUCAGAGCCAGUCGAUGGUGGCAUCGAAGUUAUAUUGAAAUUACGUUUAUCGUCAUCAUUUUCCGAUACAAAAUUAACCGUUUAUUCAAAAGACACAAUCGGUCAAUGUAAAAAGAAAUUACAAGCACAAGAGAAUGUAGAUGCAUGUUGUCAGCGAUGGUUUUACAGCGGAAAAUUGUUGGGCGAUAAAAUGUUGAUCGAGGACGCACAAAUCCAACCGCAGUACAUUGUACAGGUUAUUGUAAAUACUGAACACUAUAAUCAUGGUGUGACAAGCUAGCCAAUAUACAAUAUUUAUGCCAUGUACCUAUCCGAAGAGAACAGUAUGUCGCACACAAGCAAAACCUAACACAUCGACACAUACAGAAAAUGCAAUCGUGUGAAGAGGGAGAAUGAAAUUGGAAAUAAAUAAAACAAACAAAUAACAAUGCAUACAGGUGAAAUAAAAUGCAUCGAAUAUCGGUCAUUCGGAGAUUCAUUUGCAUCAAACACAUUUAGCCCCAAAUAAAAUAAUAAUUUAAAUUUAGUGCGGCGCAAUCAUAUAAAUUGUAAAUUCCUAUUUCACAUACAUAUAUAAAUAUGGUUUAUGUGCGUUGAACAACACAACAAUAUUCCAUGCACUUCCGAUUGUGCAUGAUGUGCAUUUAUGAAUUAGGAGAGAUCUUAUCAAAUAUUUAAAAGGAGAAACGAACUAAGAACCAAACCGUUUUAAAAGAAUUUACCCUAGCGAAACAAAAAAAUAAACUACAACUAUAUAACAAACAAACAAAAAAAGCGAUUUAAGUGUGAUUUAUUAGAUGAAAAUGUAAUAUAUAGAAGAAAGAAUGAACAUAUUUUUUUAAGUUGAUAAUAAUAUGAAGUUAAAUGAAAAAUCGUUAUUUUAAAUGAAACCUAUUUACUUUUUUACCUGAUUGGUGUGAAGAAAUGAGAUGUUUAAAGAUUUGUUCGAAAUUUAACAAGGAAGACACACACACAUACGUAGACGACAUAUUGGUUGAAUGAAACGUCACAAAAACAAAUGACAUUGUGAAACAAAGAAAAGAGACGAAUGUCCAAAAUGAUGGUCGGCUAAUAGAUGUGGUGUGUACGUUAAUCAUUUUGAUCACAAACAACACAUGAAAUGUGAAUUGUAUACAGUUGUUUUCGACUCAACACAAUGAGUCAACAUAAAUGACUAGACUUAAAAAAUCUAUUUGCACUUUCACACAAACACUCAUAUUGAAUUUUGAGAACUCAGGUGCUUUCUUCUCAAUUAAAAAAAAAAGAAAAACAAUUUUGAAUAAAAUACGCUGAAAGCAAUAAAUUUUUUAUGCUCAAUUAUUUUGUCGAUUCUCGUGCAAUCUUCCCAAUGCUAAUUACUUUUGUCAUCACAAUUUUGCAUGUUUUAUUUAAGUCAUUUGUCUGAAUUUGUUCAGUUUCAACUGAAUGGAUUCGGUCAAUAAAUAAUUAGCUAAAUGAAGAAGGAAAAAAAUCAUUUUAAAAUCAUUGAAGCGAAAAAGUACAAAAUAUCUGCGUCAUUGAUUUUGCUCUCUAUUAUUACUACACAUAUAAACGACACGUUGCUGUAACAGCCAUACAUCAGGAAUAAAAAAAGACACAAAUCAAAAAAAUUCACUUCAGCGAUUAUUUUUUUACACACACACACACACACAAAAACACAUUAGUUCGUACGAAAUGUAUCAUCAAAGUGCAAAUGUGAAACAAUAAAU